AUGGAUGCAAAGCAGCAAGACGUGGAUUACGAUGUCAUCAUCAUCGGCGCUGGGAUCUCCGGCAUCAACUUUGCCUACCGCUUGCAAGAACGCAAUCCGGAAUUGAGCUAUUGCAUCUUGGAGGAACGCCAUGAAAUUGGGGGCACAUGGAGUUUGUUUCAAUACCCUGGUGAGCUCGAGUCAGCGGAGGAUCUUCCUCAAAAACCGAUCACUAAUUUCGCUCCCCCAGGCAUCCGAUCAGAUUCAGAUCUGUUCACUUUUGGGUUCUCAUGGCGGCCCUGGACGAAGACGCACUCGAUCGCGCACGGUUCGUUGAUUGCCGAAUACGUGCGAAACUGCGCAGCAGAAGAAGGCAUCGACAAGAAGAUUAAAUUUCACCAUCGAGUAAAUCAGAUGUCCUGGUCUACCGAGCUCAAGACCUGGAGUCUGGAUCUGACCGUGGACAAAACAACUUCCUGCAACCUCCAGAGCCGGUUCAUCCUCUUGGGGACGGGGUACUACGACUAUCACCAAGCGCUUCCAGCUGAUAUUCCCGGAAUUCAGAAUUUCACGGGAACACUGGUACACCCACAGUACUGGCCUGAGGAUCUUGACUACAAGGACAAGGAGGUCGUUAUCAUCGGCUCUGGUGCGACAGCCAUAACAUUGCUUCCGAACAUUGCAAAGGAGGCAAGGCAUGUGACGAUGCUGCAACGCUCCCCAAGCUAUAUUCUGUCAGUCUCGAGCGAGGACGUCGUCGAGAAAUUGAUUCGACUUCUGCUCCCAAAGGUGUUGGCCGUGAAACUCAUUCGAUUCAAAUGGAUUUUUGUCCCACUUGUGUUGGUGAAUUUCUGCCGGCGUUUUCCUCGUCUGGCUCGGAAAUUGCUGAUGGUAUUAACCGCCAGAGAACUCCCCAGACACAUGUCCUUGAAACCCAACUUCGCGCCCAAUUAUAAGCCCUGGGAGCAGCGGCUGUGUAUGUGCCCAGAGUCCGAUUUCUAUGAAAGCAUUCGGAACGGCAAAGCUGACGUGAGAACGGGGGUGAUUGAGAAUGUUACCGGUACGAGUAUUCGCCUCAAAUCAGGUGACGAGCUGCAUCCCGACAUCAUUGUCACGGCCACUGGCCUCAAGUUGUGCAUCGCUGGUGGCAUUAAGAUCUUUGUCGACGGCUUACAGUACCACAUUGGCGACAACUACCUCUGGAAGUUUGCGAUGAUGGAUAACCUUCCGAACGCUGUGUUUGCAUUCGGUUAUAUUGACGCUAGCUGGACUCUCGGGGCCGAUGUCACUGCUAAAUUGGCAUGCCGGUUGCUAAGGAAGAUGAAGAAGGACUGCGCUACGAUGGUGGUGCCACGAAUGGGUGCCGAGGAAAAGAAGAAAAUCAAAAAAUUGCCGUUCCUAGACUUGAAGUCUACCUAUGUCCGAGAAGCGCAGAACACCCUGCCACAUGUGGGUGACCGCUCUGUCUGGCAGCCAAGGUCUUACUAUUGGAGGGAUCUUACCGUGGCCCUGUACGGGAGCCUUCAGAGAGGCUUGGAGUGGACAUGA